AUGGAGAGAACCGAGUUGAGAUUGAUGGUCCGACAGCAGGCACUGCAAGACGAGGGCAUCGAUCCAAGCACAUAUCGUUUCCCGAGUAUUCCGCCAUCACCGAAGAGGACACCGAGUUCGAGGAAAAUGACGGCGCGAAAAAUCGAGGCGUUGAAUGCUUCUAAAACGCGAGCGGCUUCGGCGGCAGCAGCAGCAGCUUCAGGAGGAGCUAAUGAGAAGGAUAGUGAACGGUCGACACCGAAAACGACGGAAAAAGUAGAUGAUGGUGUAACGAAAGAGGAAAACGCUGAAGUCAAAAAUGAUGAGAAUAAGGCGAAAUGUGCCAAUGAGAUGAAACUCAAAAUCAGCACCGAGCCAGAAUUGAUAAUAAAUGAAGUUGGGAAUGAUGAUAAGGAUAAGGAUGGCGAUAAGAAUGAGGAUGAGGAAGGUGAUGAAGACGAGGAGGAUGAAGUUGAAAUGGCGUCGGUCGAUGAAGCAGGAGACGAGGAGGCGAAGAACGAGGAGGAAGUAGCUGUUGUUGGUGACGACGAGAUCGUGGAGAACACGUCGGGUGGCCACGAGGAAAAUGCACCAGCGGCGGCAGCGAAAGAAAUGAAAGAGUCGUCUGUGGAACGAGACGAACGAAAUGAAUCGCGAGCGACUAAUGCUACGAAUGAAACAAGCGGAACAAAUGAGCUGAAGCAACACCACCAGGAAGGCAAUGAAGAGGAGGAGGAAGAAGAUGAAGAAGAAGAAGGGCAAGACGAGCAUGAAGAUGUUGAACAAGAGGAGGAAAUGCUUGAUGACCCAUUGAAUGAGCCGUCAGAACCUCAAGCGCAACAGAAACAAGAGCAUCAAUCGAAGGGACAAGAACAAGCGAUUGAUAAAAAAGCAUGUGAUUCGCCGGCUGGAAGUGAAGACGACGUUAAAUCGCGAUCGGUUUGGGUUCGAGGACUUACUACCGAGACGAGUGCCGCGUCGUUGAAGCAAUUGUGUAUGAAGUAUGGAAAAGUGCAAAAAGCGAAGAUUUUCAAUUCGAGGACCAAAAAGGGUGGCGAAGUGACGACGUGUUUCGGAUUCGUGACUUUUACUGAAAAAGCAAUGUCCGAAAAAUGUGUGGCCGAAAUGGGUGGAACGAUGGUGAAUGAGAAGGCGAUAGUUGUUGAGAGGGCGACAGAAUCGACACUCUAUGAUACCGCCCAGAAGCAAGUGGCUGCGAACGCAGCAGCUGCGAUUCCACCAAAGAAGGAGGAGAAAAAAUCGUCGCCGGCAAUGGAUACCGUUCGAAAAAGUGACGAAGCUGACAAGAAGCGGGAUCCAAGUAAGGAUCGUAAAGAACGUGAAGAACGUGAAAAGGCUCGUCGGGAUCGCAAACCGAUUGUGUAUUCGCCUUCUCGAAAAGAUGAAUCGUCAACUAGGCGGAGAAUUGAUUCAGAGUCGAAAGAUUCGAGAUCCACUCAACGUCGCAUUUCUGCUCCUAGCCGUAGCGCGUAUCCAUCGAAAAUGAGCACGUCGUCUAGAGGAUCUCGUCCGCCGGAGACUUUGAUCAUUCGAGCUCGGGUGACACCGCCGAGAGUCAUUCGCGGUGUCGAUCGCGGAAUCUCGAUUUCAACAUCGUCGCUUCGCAAAUCGACGUAUUCCAAGGCGCCGUCGACAUCUCGCGAUCCGAUUGCGAGCUCGUCUCGCCAUAUGGAGCGUCCGCGGCAUUCGUCGUCGUCGUCGUCGAGUCAUCGUCGCGGCGAUGUUUCAAGGGAUUCGCGCGACGUUCUUGAUCGAGACAUUGCCGAGAUUUUGAAGAAGAGAGAUGAGGAGCAUCGACAGAGAGAGGAAAAAUUGCAGCUGGAACGUGAAAAAGAGCGAAUACGAUUUGAGAAGGAGAAGCUGGAGAAAGAAAGACUGGAGAUUGAGCUUAUGAGGCAGAAAAUAGCAUUAGAGAAAGCUUCGUUGAAGGUGAAUGUCGAUAUUCCUCCAGUGGUUGAUAGAUAUCGCGCUGAGUCACGUGAUCAUAGACGGUAUGAAGCUCCACCUGUGUCAUCCCGUCAGCCGACGUCUGUCAAUAUGGCAAGAUCGGCGGCGUCGCGCCGAGACGAACCCCGCGAUUCGCGUCGUCACGAAGAUCCUCGUGAUACGCGGGAUAUUCGCCGACGUGCUGACACAAGUCGUCGUCGACCGGCAUCGCCAGUCUCAUCGCAUCCACGAAGCAAAAUUCAUUCUGAUGAUCGUGAACGCGAUCGCGAGCGCGACCGUUCAACGAGACGCCAAGCUGAUGGCGCAUCAUCUUCACAUCGAUCGCCGCCUCGUCGCGAUUAUGCCAUUUCGUCGUCAUCGACAUCGACACGCGCCGCCUAUUCGGAAUUGGAUGCGCUCUCGCGCGCGAUUCCGAGCUAUGCGAGAACGACGACGACGGCAACGGCGCCGUCGUCGCUUCUUGGUUCCGACUACACCGCACCUCUCUCCUACACGUCGUCGAACAGAUAUGAUGCGUAUUCGGCGACGUCGAACCCAAUGCCGACAUGGAAUGGGCUGACAGCGAGCGGUGAAGUCGACAUGGGAAAUUGGGCGACUGCGCCAUCGGGGUCUCGUGCCGAUUGGGCUGGCUACGGUAGCACUGCAAGGAGCAACACGCGCGGAUACGAUUAUCGUUAA